CGUGCUGUAAACACGGCUCGCUCAGCUGCGUGGCGGAGACAGCUCAUACCAAGGGCUCGAGGUAGGCUACUGUAUUUACGUAGACUGGGCCAUUAAAACACUAUUCACAUCCUCAUAUGAUAUCUGCAGAAUCUCCUGUCUGAGGUGCAAUGGCUAGGAAGACGGACAUUCCUCCUUCAUACUAUGGUGAGCCGCGCAAGUUUGACCCGGGCUUCAGAGGACCUAUCCAUAACAGGGGCUGCACGGAUGUGGUGUGCUGUGUCGUAUUCGUCAUCUUCAUCCUCGGCUACAUCGCUCUGGGCACCGUGGCCUGGAUCCAUGGCGACCCCAGGAAGGUGGUCUACCCCACCGACAGCCACGGACAGUUCUGUGGACAACAGGGGACGCCCAACGCCAACAAAGCCAUAUUAUUCUACUUCAACAUAUUGCAAUGUGCCAAUCCUGCCGUUCUCAUUAACCUCCAGUGCCCUACAACCCAGCUCUGUGUCUCCAAGUGCCCAGACAGAUUUGCCACAUACCUAGACAUGCAGUACAACUACAGGUACAACAACAGCUACUGGGAGUAUUACAGGCAGUUCUGCAAGCCGGGCUUCGACAAUCCUAGAAAGUCCGUUGCACAAGUCUUGAGAGAUGAGGACUGCCCUUCCAUGAUAGUGCCAAGCAGACCUUUCCUCCAGCGGUGCUUCCCAGACUUCAUCACCAGGAACGGGACGCUAACUGUCGCCAACAAGACAGUCUUCAAAGACGGCUUAGGUAAAACAAGGAGCGUGAUCGAUCUCCGAGACGCUGCCAACCGAGUUACCGCCAUGCAGCAAGGAGUGGAAAGUGGCAUUACCAGUCUGCUAGACGCCAAGGAGGUUGGCAUGAAGAUCUUUGAGGACUAUGCCAACUCCUGGUACUGGAUCUUAAUAGGUCUGGUGAUCACCAUGGUGGUCAGCCUGGCCUUUAUCCUGCUGCUGCGGUUCACAGCCGGAGUGCUCCUGUGGCUCAUCAUCUUCGGAGUCAUCGCUGUGGUGGGCUACGGGAUCUGGCACUGCUACUGGGAGUUCAGUACACUGAGAGGGAAGCCGCACGGGGAUGGUGACGUCACCAUCUCUGACAUCGGCUUUCAGACGGACUUCAGAGUUUACCUGCAGCUCAGUCAGACCUGGCUCAUCUUCAUGAUCUCCCUAUCGGUCAUUGAGGCGGUCAUCAUAGUAAUCCUGAUAUUCCUGAGGAGGAGAGUACGCAUCGCCAUCGCUCUGCUGAAGGAGGGGAGCAGGGCCAUUGGCUACAUCAUGUCCACUCUCUUCUACCCGAUCAUCACUUUUGUGCUGCUGGCCAUCUGCAUAGCGUACUGGGCGGUCACUGCUGUCUUCUUGGCGUCUUCUGGCGACGCUGUUUACAAGGUCAUGUCGACGCAGGACAAAUGCGUGUAUGCCAACCUCACCUGUGAUCCAGAGACCUUCAGUCAGACCAACGUGACCAAGGUGUGCCCUGGCUCUCAGUGCACCUUUGCCUUCUACGGCGGCGAGAGCCUCUACCACCGCUACAUCUUUGUGCUGCAGCUGUGUAACCUGCUGGUGUUCCUGUGGCUGGUCAACUUCACCAUCGCCCUGGGACAAUGCACCCUGGCCGGGGCCUUCGCCUCCUACUACUGGGCCCUUAGGAAGCCCCAGGAUAUACCAUCCUGUCCACUGUUCUCCUCCUUCAGUAGGGCUGUAAGGUACCACACAGGCUCUCUGGCGUUUGGCUCUCUGAUCCUGGCUGUAGUGCAGAUGUUCCGCAUUGUUCUGGAGUACCUGGAUCACAAACUCAAAGGCGCGCACAAUGCUUUUGCCCGCUUCCUGAUUUGCUGUCUCAAAUGCUGCUUCUGGUGCCUGGAGCAUUUCAUCAAGUUCAUGAACCGGAACGCCUACAUCAUGAUUGCGAUAUAUGGGAAGAACUUCUGCACCUCGGCUAAGGAUGCUUUCUUCCUCCUGAUGAGGAACGUAGUAAGGGUGGCAGUGCUGGACAAGGUGACAGACUUUCUGCUCUUCUUGGGAAAAGUGCUUAUUUCAGGGAGUGUUGGUGUUUUAGCGUUCUUCUUCUUCACCCGUAAGAUACCAGUUAUUCAAGAAGAAGUGCCAUCACUAAAUUACUACUGGGUCCCCCUGCUGACGGUGAUAUUUGGAUCCUACCUGAUCGCCCAUGGCUUCUUCAAUGUCUACGCUAUGUGUGUGGACACCUUAUUCCUUUGUUUCUUGGUGGAUCUGGAGGUGAACAGCGGCUCUGCUGCCAGACCCUUCUACAUGAGCAGCACCCUGAGGCAAAUUCUCGACAAGAAGAACAGCAAGAGGAGGAAAGACAAGAGAGAGCGGGGAAGAUGAGAAGAGAGGAACAGAUACAGGGUGACUGGAGGAGACAGAGGCAGGAGAGGUGAUGGAGAUGGGGGAAGGCACCUGUGCAUGAUGUAGAGAUGGAAGACAGACAAUUCUAAUCCUGGUCCAUAUUGUACCUGCUACCAUUAUUAUUAUGCUCUUUGGACAUAAUAUGUGAAUUGUCUUAUCUUGCCUUACAGUACUUGGAUGUACUAACGAACUAUCACCAUGAACAAUGACAACAGUGCGGUUAGCUUAACUGUGGCCAAAUCGUGCAUUUUAAGGCAACGGCAAGUUCUUGGUUUUACCAAUGUACUGUGAAGCACUUACUUGAGUGAACAGCGAAGUGUACAUUUGUAUAAUAAUAGGUUGCACCACAUACUACCUGUCAGCAGGCCCAUGUCACUGUAUGCAGGAACUCAAACCAGCCACAAGAUGGUACUCUUAAGGUGGACAUCUUAAAGGUCCAGUACAGACGUUUUAAAUCACGAUAUCAUGUCUGGGUAACAAUUAAGUACGUUACUGUGGUUUCAAUUAAAGAGGUCAGAGAGAAACAAAAAUAGCUUCUCAGCAAAAGAGCAAUUUCUCAAGCAAGAAUUAUGCUAGGACUGUCUGGGACUGGUCUGAGUCGGGAGGGGAAAACCAGCUUUUAUUGGCAGAGAGGUUAGGAACUCUCGUUCUUAUUGGUCUAUUAGCUCAUUUGUCACCUGGUGAUGUCACCAGGCAGGCCAAAACUCCAUCCCACCAAAACAGGAAAUAUGAAUGUUGACUGCACUGGGCCUUUUAAGAAAGGUUACACCAAGACAGCUGAGUGAACGGCUGCUUGGGUUAAUACUGUACACGAAAUGUCCGUAGUUACCAUGUAUAAUUACGCUCUUCAAGCUCCUUGGAGCACUAACUUUUAUUUUCUCCUAUUGAGAAAGCUAUUUGCCAUACAUUGUCCAUUGUGCUAAUGUCUCGUUGUAGCAACCUUCUAACUUGUCCAAUUGUAAGUAUGUAAUAGCCCUACAAUUAGGUGCUUCAGUAAGUGCCAAAGUGCAACGGAAAUCAGCAGGAAUGCAGCGUCGAGGACCCUUACCUGUAUGUAUUGGAUUCUGGCCUCCAUUGACCAUAAAACGCACAGUGUUACAAAUUAUGUUUCCCUCUUGUAUGCCAUUCAAGGUUUUUGGUCUAAGGUCUUCGUCCCAUUCCUUCUUUGUGCAACAGCACUGUGGGGACAGAUAAUGUGCCAUUACUACGUCUGUCCCAUAGUGGCAUCACUGCCAGUAUCAGAGAUAGAGCAUCCUUUUCCACUGGGAUACAGUACAGUAGCACAUGUCCAUACCAUUUUUGUUAUUGAAAUUUGACCUGUGUAAGGGCACAACAACCUCAUGAUCAUGUAAAUAUGGAAGUAAUGCAUAUCCGUGAAUAAUCUGAAUGGAUUACUACAGGCGCCUGUGCUUUCUUCUCUCCCUGUUAUUGCCAUGAAAGAACAGUCCUCCAUUAAUGCAACAAUGCCAAUAAACUAUGACUAUGCAUAUGCUAUAGUAUGUACAGUGCCUUCAGACAAUAUUCACACCCCUUGACUUUUUCCACAUUUUGUUGUUACAAAGUGGGAUUCAAAUGGAUUUAAUUGUAAUUUUUGUCAACGAUCUACACUAAAUAAUCUGUAAGUGAAACAAAUUGAGAGAAUGCAAAGAGUGUGCAAAGCUGUCAUCAAGGCAAAGGGUGGCUACUUUGAAGAAUAUCAAAUAUAAAAUAUAUCUUGAUUUGUUUAACACUUUUUGGGUUACUACAUGAUUCCACAUGUGUUAUUUCAUAGUUUUGACGUCUUCACUACUAUUCUACAAUGUAGAAAAUAGUCAAAAUAAAGAAAAACCCCGGAAUGAGUGGGUGUGUCCAAACUUUUGACUGGUACUGUAAGUGAAUUAUUGCAGACAGGAUGCAUGUUUUGUAAUUUUUUUAUUCUGUACAGGCUUCCUUCUUUUCACUCUGUCAUUUAGGUUAGUAUUGUGGUGUAACUACAAUGUUGUUGAUCCAUUCUCAGUUUUCUCCUAUCACAGCCAUUAAACUCUAACUGUUUUAAAGUCACCAUUGGCCUCAUGGUGAAAUUCCUAGCGGUUUCCUUCCUCUCCGGCCACUGAGUUAGGAAGGACGCCUGUAUCUUUGUAGUGACUAGGUUUAUUGAUACACCACCUAAAGUGUAAUGAAUAAUUGCACCAUGCUAAAAGAGAUAUUCAAUGUCUGUUUGUUUUUACAUAUCUACCAAUAGGUGCCCUUCUCUGCGUGGCAUUGGAAAACCUCCCUGGUGUUUGUGAUUUAAUCUGUGUUUUUAAAUUCACUGCUCAACUGAGGGAUCUUCAAGAUAAUUUAAUGUUGGUACAGAGAUGAGGUAGUCAUUAAAGUACAUUUUUACUCCUGAACUUUAGUUUUGCCAUAAGGGGUUGAGUACUUAUUGACUCAAGACAUUUCAGCUUUUCAUUUUUUAUUAUUUUGUAAACAUUUCUAAAAACAUAAGUCCACUUUGACAUUAUGGGGUAUUGUGUGUAAGCCAGUGACACAAAAUCUAAAUGUAAUCAAGUUUACAUUCAGGCUGUAACACAACAACAUGUGGAAAAGGCAAGGGGUGUGAAUACUUUCUGAAGGCACUGUACAAGAUGACAAAAGAAUUUACAGUCUGUAGAGUCAUUUAUCUUUCUACUCACCCAUUCAUUUCCAUCACCAUGUGGUAGAACACUGUACCUUUGACAAAUCAGAUGAGGAGAUCAAUAAGAGGAAUCCCUCCCUCCUUUGGGAAGUGAACUCUUUGGGUUUACCACAGUAAACACAUGGUUAGUGUAUGCCUUACAUUCCCCUCUACCUCUCAAGGUCAUCGCAUGGACGGAUCACAAACAGCACGGCGACAAGAUGCUAAAAGACUCUUGCGGACAGAGUGCCUGACAUGUCUGUGACUGAUGCAUGCAGUAUGUCUACUCUAUCUUCUCUCCAAUGGUAGAUUCCUAACUUCGUUCAGAGAUUUUUUUUUUGUAAAGAAUUUUGCAUAUCUAUAUUUUAUUUUAAACGGUGAGUAUGUAUGAAUGUUUGGACUGUAUAUAAGCAUAUUAUUUAAUAACAAGAAUAUUUGUUUGGGGUUUGCUUUAGUUUUUUUAUUUUAUAAAUUGAUGCUAAUCAACCAUUUGUGUCUUAUUGAGUAUAUGGAGGUGCCUUCCAUGCCAUGUGUCAUUCUCCAAAAAUGUACAUGACAUUUAUGACGUUGACUGAGUCCAUUUCUCCCGUUUAGCUUUGCUUCAUUGUGGUACUGUUGGUUGAUGUUGUUGUGAGUAGAAACUGUCACUGUUCUAUAAAGUAAUUUUGUCAAUAAACAUUUAUUUUCUUAA